GCCCUUUAACUUCCGAGCGGAUUUCCAGAAAGCAACAACCUGUAACAGGCUCAGUGAUCCUCCCCUUGAUGGAUUAUUUAACAGGCUCUGAGUCCCAUGUCGCCAUCUGCUAUUGGAAGAAAAAAUAAAACGCGACGGCAAUGACUUGAGCAAACCGGGUGAAUAAAUCAAUUAAACAACGAUAAGUUAGCGGAACGCACACAACUUGCGCAAACAGGUGUUCUGCAUCCCGCGGGCGAGACGGAGGAAACGGAUACACGAGCGUCAUUCAACCCCGGGAAAAACGUAACAACCAGGUCGGUUUACCGCUCAGGAAAAUAACAGGGGACUGAGUUUUCUUUUUUCAACAUGUAAAACAUAUCGCGUAUUUAAAAGUGUCUGAACGGAAACGGACUUUGUUCAUUUUGGGCUCUUUGGUGAGCUCUUUCGGCAACUGAGUUUCCCCGCAAAAGUCAACCGCGUGACCGAGAUGAUCUGAAGCUUGGCGCAUACAAUGCCGACCCCUUCUGCACGGUGAACGGAUCUGGCUGCACGCGGGCCUCUCUGAAGGAAGGAGUCCCCUCGGAUCUGCAGAAGCAGCGAUGGUACUGGAGGGGGACACUGCGCUGCUCGCCGCGAGGCAAGGGGACGUGCAGACUCUCAAACUGCAGUUGGCGCAAAAAGCGCUCACGCCGCAGGUCAGGGACGUGUUGGGGGCUUCGCCGGUCCACCACGCUGCCCGAGCCGGGAAACUAACCUGCCUGCGAUUCCUCGUGGAGGAGGCAGGGCUGGAUGGAAACUGCCUGGCCAACAACGGGGCGAGCCCGGCGCAUGACGCAGCAGCCACCGGCAACCUGGCCUGCUUACAGUGGCUGCUGACCCACGGUGGAUGUCGGCCUCAGGACAGGGACAGUUCUGGAGCCACCGUUCUCCACCUCGCAUCCCGCUUCAGUCACCACGAGAUCACUGACUGGCUGCUGAAGAGAGGCGACGUGGACCCCGGGGCCUCCACCGAUACAGGCGCAGUACCUGUUCACUAUGCUGCUGCCAAGGGAGACCUGGCCUCCCUCCGACUGUUACUGGGGCACAGCCCAAACGUUGUCAACACUCAAACAAAGAAUGGUGCCACACCGCUCUACCUGGCAUGCCAGGAGGGUCAUCUGGAGGUCGUCCAAUACAUGGUGAAGGAUUGUGGGGCAGAUCCUAGCAUCAGAGCCAAUGACGGGAUGACACCUCUGCACGCUGCUGCCCAGAUGGGCCACAACACUGUCAUUGUCUGGCUGGUUAGCUUCACAGAGGUCCGCCUGACGGACAGAGACAGUGACGGGGCCACGGCCAUGCACUUUGCAGCCAGUCGAGGUCACUCAAAGGUGCUCAGCUGGCUGCUGCUGCACGGCGGAGAGAUCAUCACUGACAAUUGGGGGGGAACCCCUCUGCAUGACGCUGCAGAGAACGGCGAACUGGAGUGCUGUCAGAUCCUUGUAGUCAACGGGGUGGACCUGGCCAUCAGGGACCUGGACGGUUUCACCUCAGCAGAUCUGGCUGAAUACAACGGCCACUCCCAGUGUGCCAAGUAUCUGCACACUGUGGAGAACAUGAGUGUGGAGCACCGCGUUUUGUCCCGGGACCCCUCAAUGGACCUCGAGUACAAGCAGCCGGACUCGGGCCUCUCGUCCCCAAACACCACCAUGCCCCCCAUCAACCAGGCGGCCCACUUUGACAUCAGUUCACCGUCCAGCUCCCUGUCCAACUACGACUCUGCCAACUCCAGCCAGUCCAGCACUGGGGAGAAAAGGAGCAGCUUAACAAAGUCACAAGGCGCACUCGCUCAGCUGAACACGGUCGCACACACAGGUGCAUCCGAGUCGGGCAUUUCAGACAUGCAGGCGUACAUGGACAUGCUAAACCCCGACAUCGGCUCCGACGUGCACAAGAAGAAUGACAUACCUGCUAAUAACGCCUCCCAGCCCUCACCACCCCCACCCCCACCACCACCACCUCCAACCUAUCCCCCCCCGCCUCCACCACAUUCGCCCCCGGUGCCCCCGCCAGCCCCGGCCUACCCAGCACCGCAGCCCCCUCAGGAGCCGACAUCAGUGGAGUUCCUGAAGGUGAAAAGCAGACUGCGUCACGUGGAGAGCACCACCAGCAAGACGGAGCUGACGCUCGGAGAAAACCCAGACAAACUGCGCCGCGUGGAUUCCAACAGGAGGUCUAGGAGCUUCAGCAAGCAGCCCAGCACUGGGGACUACUACAAGGCCCUGGGCAGCGACUUGGCCGAGUCCGAAGGGAGCAAAGGCAUGGCGCCCAACGAGGAGGGCUCCGUGUUACUGGAGGAGCCCACUGACAGCUCCGCCCACAGCUCCAACAACGGCACUGCGGAGGAAUCGGCAGCGUCCCCACCCCCCCCUCCUCCUCUUCCGCCGCCGCCGCCUCCUCUCCCUGCAAGCAAUCAGACACCGACACCACCUCCACCCCCUCCGUUGCCCCCGGAGACGGCAACCACCCAGAAUUACUCUGCCAGUAGUACCUCUUCCAACCAGCGACGUCUAUCUUCCUCAUCAGGAAGCACAAAAUCUUUCAACAUGAUGUCCCCCACCGGCGACAACUCCGAGCUGCUGGCAGAGAUCAAAGCAGGGAAGAGCCUGAAGCCAACACCUCACAGUAAAGGCUACACCACGGUGUUCUCCAACAGCGAACCCACAGGCAACAAUGAAAACACUGCGUCUCCACCAGAGACCCGCACGUCCAGCCCACCGGCCAAGCCGCCGUCCCCGGCACCGUCUCCUACUGCGUCCGUGACCUCGCCACCCGCCACCCCGAGUCCCUCCCCCAGCCCCACCGGUUCUGGAUCGGCCAGGACCAUGUCGACCUCUGCGAGCUACGAGCAACUGCCCUCCAAUGCCGUUCUCAACGGGAACGGCGGCGGGGCAGAGUCGGGGCGGAAGAUGAGCCUCGCAGACGUGGAAGCGCUCGUGCCCACUCACGACGAACAGGGAAAAGCCAUCCCUGAAUGGAAGAGACAGGUGAUGGUGCGAAAGCUUCAGGUCAAGAUGCAGGAGGAGGAGGAGCACAAGCGCAAGGUUGAGGAGGAGGCUGCACGCCUGGCAUCCAUGCCGGCCUGGAGGAGAGACAUGAUGAAGAAGAAAAUGGACGAAGAGAGAUGUGACAGGGAAGAAAAAAGAAAAUCCGAGCAGCAAGCCAAACAGGUGAAAGAGAUGGAGGAGAAGACGGAGCUGGAGCGAAUACGGAACCUGGGUUACGACGAGACCAAGCUGGCCCCCUGGCAGCGGCAGAUCAUUUUGAAGAAAGGGGAUAUAGCCAAAUAGUGAACUGGGCCGUCUCCUCCUCUGACCCCCGUCCUCACACACCGACCCCAAAGGCCUUCACUGAACACCUCCCCACCCCCGAUCCUCCGCCCUGCACUGUACACUGGACAGCCGGGAGGGAGCUCGUCCUCCUCUGCACCCUGUCUCCGACCUCCAGAGACACAGGACUCGGCGUGGGCGCCGUGACUCACCAACCUCCACUGAACGUCUCACUGACACAAACUCUCCGUCUUUUAGUGCUAUAACAAUAGCUAUGAAAUGCGCUGAUUCUCUUUGCUUAAGACACUUGCUAUAGAUGCAUGGGUCCUUAAACGAAUUAAACCCCUAUGUAGUUUCUAUACUUACUUUCCUCUAAAUGAAUCGCAGUCGUUUCCCAUAGAAGAGUUACUCAAACAAAGAGGUUUGUGAUAGAUUGAAAGCGGCGUCUUGUGAGCUUGUUGCCAUGGGUCAGUUCACGUACUGUACCUUUAGCCAUACUCACCACUAUGUGAUAAAUGGAAAAGUAGCUCUACUACAUUUGUGUCACCUGACGGUGGCAUGGACAUACUCUGCAAAUGCUUAUUGAACCCUGAAGCAGCUAAUGCGUUCUGUGUGUAGGAUAUAUCAUAUCGACAUCAUGUUACAUUCGGAGUCAUGGGAUUUUUCUAUCAAGAUCAUCGAAGCGCUUUCUAGAUGACUUCAGUUUACCGCCAGAGAUGUAAUCCUAACACUGCUCAAACUAACUCUGUGUCUUUAGAUAAGUGUGCUGUCAUUUGGAAUAUUGGUGUGUAGGAUCAUUUGAGUCAUGUAAAGAUGAUGUAGCUGUGCUAAUUGAAUUUGAGAAAAUAUGACUGGAAAAAUAAACCAACAUCACUUUUUCUAUGUGAGUUAAAUAUUAAGCUAUUGUGGUCAUGAAAGGGAGUCAUUUCAUGCAUGUGUUAAAGUGUGUAUCGAGCAUGUUGUCAUCUGGAAACAACAACAUGUGAAGAGCAGCAUCAAUAGGCCUCAUGCUCACACUGAAUUUUUUGAAGGUAGAGAAACGCCAUCAGUUUGUCCUGCGUCCUGCGUCCUGUCCCGACCUUCGGCCCCACUGACCCGGAGGAUAAAUCUUUGAUGAGUGGAUCUGUUUACAGAAUACGGAUUACACGCCAGAAACGGCCGAAACACUAAAUGUACUGUUGAUUUGAUGAUGUCCGCUGUGUAUUCAUAAUCUGUGAGAGUGAGGGGUCCAGUUCCAGUAAUCUGAUUAUAAGAUGAAUCAGAUGUAGAAAAUGUUCUGUUUUGGGCAAAAACAAUGUAUGUGACUGAACUGACAAUAGGUUAAUGUUAAAGGUAAUUUUGUUCAUGAUUUCUAAACUGCUCCUUCCAGUUCAAAUAUUCCUUGGAUUCAGACAUUUGUUGGGGUUAUGUUUGUGAAUUUGGGGUUAAAUAUUGAAAUGGUGGAAAGCUGGUUUGAAUUUCUUUGAAACGUUUAUGAAUCUGUGACCAGAGUAACUGAAGCUCACAGUCCUGUUGAAUGUCUCUUUGCUAAGCGUGACACACAAAUGUUCCCACACAAUGUAAAAUACGCUCUGUUACAUUUAUGUUGGAUGUAGAUUUUUGCAUCAAGCGUACACAUCACGUCUUCAAACAUGGUCCUGGUUGGGGAAUCAUUUGGAAAUAUUUAAAUCCACUUUCAUUGGAUGCCAUAUGAUGUUGAAAAUAAAAAUGAUGUAAACAUCAUUGCCAUUUGAUUUUCUAUAUAUUUAAACUCUAUAUAGUGACCCUCUAAGAUCUUGGUUGUUUCAUUAUUUCUAGAAUGCAAUAUAUAACAAGUCUCAGCCUUGCUUGAAUAGAAUGUUGGCUAAUCGUGUAUAAUUAUAUUUUCAGAAAUGACCAGAAUAAAUCUUUAAUCACCA